CCAGAAGCAGAUGGGGGUGCCUGUCCUUUGGCCCAAGCAGGACUGCGUCACCCGAUGGAACUCCACUUUCCAUAUGUUGAAAAGGGCAGUGGAGUCAAAAGACGCCAUCGUAUCGACACUGGCUAUCAUGAAUUCAAACAUUGAGCUACUGACCCAAGAAGAAUGGCUGGAGAUAAAAGAGGCCUGUGCUGUUCUUGAGCCCUUCGACCAGGUGACUGUGGAGAUCUGGAGACAGUUAUGUGACAGCCUCCAAGAUGAUCAUACUCUGUAAGGGUCUGCAACGAGUUACUGCUAAACUCCAGAGGGAUGGAACAGUAACUUUGGAGAAGGUCAUAGAGUUGGUCAAUGCGCUCUGUGCUUCAAUGGAGAGAAGAUUCCACAGAAUGGAGUUUAACCCUAUACU